AUUAUUCAAACUCUGACAUAACUUGUUGCAGAAGAAAAAGUGAAGCGCAUUUGAAUUUAACGUCAACCUUUCAUCACAUUCCGUUUGUGGUGAGAACGAAACAUGGAUUCGGAUCAAUUCACCACUUGCCCCUUUUGCGAUUCAUGUCUACCCUUAUCUCAACUCACUGGCAGGCACGCAAAUUUUCAUUUUUGGGAACUCCAGCAUGAUUUUGACCUGCCCACAAUAAUUCUACUCUCUCCCAAUGUUGAUUCGCCCCCUCAAUCUCUUCCGAGAGAGCAAGCAACCACCAUUUCACUGUCUGGAGCAAAGUAUUCGGGUGGUGGUGAGACUAGUAGCGAGAAUGGGGAGUGCAAAAUGAAUGACAGAAUCUCUUGCUUGAUUGUUUCUCAGACAAGGUGUGAAUUUCACAAAGUUGAAGCGGGGUUGAUGACAUUGUUAAAAAAUUGUUUAGAGUCUGAAAUUGGAAAUUCAAUUAGUAUUUUGUCGGGUUAUGUUGAUCAUUUCCAGUGCCUUGAAUCUGAGGAUGCCGGAUGGGGUUGUGGGUGGCGUAACAUUCAAAUGCUUAGUUCUCACUUGCUAUUUCAAAGACCUGAAGCAAGGAAAGCUUUGUUUGGUGGUUCGGGAUUUGUUCCUGAUAUCUUGUCGCUGCAAAGGUGGCUCGAGAUUGCUUGGCAGAAGGGUUUUGAUCCGCUAGGAUCAGCUCAAUUCAAUCAUGCUAUUUUUGGUUCUAAAAAAUGGAUAGGAACUACUGAGUGUGCAGCUCUAUUGCGUUCCUUUGGUCUUAGGGCAAGAGUAGUGGAUUUUGGUCCUAAGGAAUCCCAAUCCAUUCCAGGUUCUAGCGCUGACAAUGCCAGGAAUGAAACAAGUAUUCAUUUGGUAAAACAGAAAGAUAAAGAGGGCAGUGGUUAUCAAGUUCUCAUGGAUUUUGUGUGGAAUUACUUUUUGGAUGAAAACUCAAUCCAAUUUGGCCAAAAACAUGUUGUGAUCAGUGAGAAAACGCCUUUAUACUUCCAACAUGACGGUCACUCAAGAACAAUAGUUGGAAUUCAAGUCAACUAUCAACAAAAAAGACAUCUGCAAUAUAAUCUCCUAAUUUUGGACCCAGCUCAGAGUACAGCCGCUCUUGAAAGAUCCCUCAGGCAGAAAGUUGGGUGGGAAGAACUCAUAAAGAGGGGAAUGCAUACACUAAAGAAGCCACAGUACCAGUUGUGUUAUGUUGACCCUGGAAUCGCUAGUGAGGGGGAGGUAGAAAAACUGAAAGCAAUUGAUAGCAUCUUCCUUGAAUUUUAAACAAGCAUACAAAGCACUUUCUACAUCCAGGUCGUGUCUUCCAGUUCAGUUGCCCCAAUUACAAGAAUAAGUGGGACAACCACUAAACAUAAAAGCGUCACUUCCCAACAGCAUAUUGCAGCAAUCACAAUUCCAGCAAAGAAAGUUGCACAGCUAGAGGUGAAGUGACCCAACUGCUAGAAAGAAAUUCAGUUAUUAUACUCAGCUCUUGAAGAAAAAAACUCAAGAAAAGUUGUGAGCAGUAUUGGUUUUCUGACCUUCUCACCAAUGGCAUCUUGUAUGACACUCAUGUGGUUGCUUAUUCCACUGAUGACUUUCCCAGUUGUUAGCUCUGUAUCAAAAGCUCCUAUCUCUUGGUUAAGAACUGCUCUCAGAUAUGCUAAUCUUAGCCGCAAUAACUGUCUUUCACUUGCAUACAUCCAACAACCAAUUUCUGCGCAUGUUUCAACGUCUCAGGAUUAUGAUUCAUGAUGUUUGCUUAUGAAACUGAACCACUAUGCAUGCCAUGCAUUCUGGUCAACUAUGCUUUGUUUUGGUUUGAUAAGUA